CCCAGCUCGCUCGUCAGCCGCCAUUGCCUCUGCUCUGCUCCGCUCUGCUUCUUCCCAACUGCGUCAUCCGAUCCGAUCAUCCGAACAAGACUCCUCCAUCCAUCUAAGAAGCGACCAAGCAGCCGGAUCACAAGCAUGGACAGGACAGCGAAUGUGGUAUUGGAUAUUGAGGGUCUGCAUCAACAACCUGAUAAAUGCUGCUCUGGAAGUCCAAAGAUGGCCAGAGCCUUAUCACGUAAGGGUUCAAAUCGCAUGGAGAGGAGAGUCGGCGAAGAGCAGGAGCCAGAUGAUUUGGCAAAAAAACUUAUCAUUAAAGUUGUGCCGUCUCAACUGGAGCAGCUUAAGUUGCCACUAGCACAGAGCAAAACUUUGGUUGCUCCGCAAUGUACUGCCUCUGCCCCUGUUUUAACUGAAUCUGUUGAAGGAAGGAGCAAAAGAUUCAGCCGACUCACGUCAUACCAUCCCCGGAGAAUUCUUCUCUUCUUUGCAACCCUGUCGAGCCUUGGGACGAUGACACUGAUAUACUUCACGCUUGCCAUCAACAGCAAACCGGAAGCAUAGCCGUCGUUCGUUGAGAGAAACAGACUUGGCUUCAACUUGGUGAGGCGGGCGUGGGAGUGAUACAUUCCAUAGCUAGGACAGUCUUGUUUCUUUUCUGGAUUUUGUUUUGUUAAGGAUGAAAGAAGGAAGCUACAGUAGCGUUAUAUCAGAAUUAAAAUUAGCAGCAGCAGUGA